UCAUAAACGUUUCGUGAAGUUCAUCUUCAAAUUAUUAUUGUAUAGUUCCCUCUCGGCCGCCAAAAUUUCUCGCAAGCAGAACAAACCAAUUAAAAGUCUAUUAAACAAUGUUCUAAAUUUGCUAAAGCGUGGAAACAAAAUGUUUGGCAAAAAACCUCCCGUUAAGUUUGGCCACGAGCCGAAUACUAGCACUGCGAAAGCUAAAGACGCCUUGCCCGAAGUGGCCUUAGCAGCCAUCCUAUCUUACAAAAAGCAAAAAGAAAUCGGCGACUUUAUGAGUUUUUUCCUCGGUGCUCUCGAGCGGAAUUCCGAUUGGCUCAACGGGGUCGUUGGCAGGCAAACUAACUUCAGAUGUGCACUGAUGGUCGGUGCCGGACCGAACCGAUUUCACCUCCAGGAAGUAAUAUACCCGAACGACGAGAACGAUGUACGUCUCGAAGUGGAGCACAGAGAUUCUGAGGAUUUCGACAAAGUUGCGAUUGCCGCUAUUAUGAAUCUAACGAACCAUGAAAUAGAUCAUCUUUUGAAGUAUAUUAAAACCCGUUUAAAUGAGAAUCCGAUGAGGGAAGAAUUUAUUAAAGGCAAGGAAUUGGGAAUUAAUUUCGCAGUUUUGAGACCGUUUAGCGAAAAUCAGUAUAGACUCGUCGAAAGGAUUGUUAUCGGUAGUUCUAUGAAAUGUAUCGUACCUCAAACUCCAAAGAAACGGAGGUGGGAUGAAAAGGCUAUGACUAGAGCUCCUUUAAAAAGGGCUAAACGAGUCGCUUGACAAUGCUUUAGCUUCUGUAAUGCAGACUCAUUUGAAUUUUGUAAUCAGGUGAUAUCCAAGCAAUCGAAUUAUUUAAAUUGCAUAUCCGAAUUUAUCUAAACUGUACCUGUAGUUAUUAACAGUAGCGUGAAUAGAUUCAAAUGAAUUAUUCGUCGUUAUUCGGUGCACCGCAGUGGGUCAUGUAGCAUGUAAUGAAGGCAAUUUGAGGGGACUGUAAAAUACGGCGAUCAAGGCAAAUUAUACUCGUUUCUGCAUUGAUAGCUUCCGAUUACCUAUGAUGGAUGGCCCGGCAACGGUGGCGAAAUUUAAUGUAACGGAAAUAUUUUAAAAUUAUACA